AUGGAAGGUACUGAGAGAAGAAAUCCUGGCAAGCCGUUUCCCAGGAAGGAAGAAAGCGAAUGGAUUCCAAAGACUGCUGUUGGGAGGCUGGUGAAGAUGCUUAAGAUAACGUCCUUGGAGCAAAUCUUCAAGUUUUCUCAUGUGAUACGUGAGCCGGAAAUAGUUGAUUUGUUAUGCGGAAACUCGAUAAAAGAAGAAGUUUUAUCCAUUAAAUCCGUCCAGAAACAGACAAGGGCAGGGCAGAAGACCAGGAUAAAGGCUGUGGUUGUGGUUGGGGACAGAAAAGGGCAUGUUGGGAUUGGAACCAAGGCGUCAAAAGAAGCAGCAUCGGCCAUCCGGGGGGCAAUAGCUAGGGCUAAGUGUGCAAUUAGGCCUGUGAGGCUGGGGCUUUGGGACGGUGCCCAAGGAAAGCCACACACUGUGUCAUGUAAGGGAUCCGGAAAGUGCGGAACCUCUGUUGUCCAGGUGAUCCCUGCGCCGAGAGGAACAGGAAUUAUAUCUGGAAGCGUCAACAAAAAGAUAUUUGAACUUGCAGGCAUCAAGGACCUUUAUACGUUAUCCUUUGGUGCCACCUCAACAACCGAAAAUUUUGCUAAGGCCUCGAUUGCCGCCCUUGAAGCAACAUCGUCGAUGAUUCUUCCGGACCAAUGGGAAGAGAAACCAAGAACACUGAAUCCUCUGCUGGAAUUUGCCGAUAUCCUUAACCAACUUGACAAAAGCCGCGUCUGA